GCGGUGCGGCUGCGCGGCCGCAGUGGCAGCGGCAGCGGCUCCCGCAGCGGCAGCUCCUCGCUGGGAGAGGGCUGCGGGCCGGGCCGGGGGUGGGACAGGACGGGCUUGGAGCGGGGUAGCUGGCGAGAGGCGCAGGAUGUCGGCGACGCUGUACCUGCUCUCCACGCUGGGCGGAUACGUCUUCACCUCGGCGCUUCUCCUCAAGUGUCCGGGGCUGCUCCACCGGCCCAAGCGGCAGCAUUUCCGCUGCCGGCACAUCUCCCAUCGCGGCGGUGCUGGAGAGAACCUGGAAAACACCAUGGCAGCCUUUCACCAUGCUGUUAAUAUAGGAACAGACAUGUUGGAGCUAGAUUGUCACCUGACGAAAGAUGAGCAAGUGGUUGUGUCCCAUGAUGAGAACCUGAAGAGAUCAACAGGAGUUGAUGUCAACAUAUCUGACCUCAAAUACUCUGAACUUCCACCAUAUCUCUGCAAGUUGGAUGUCACAUUUCAGAAAGAAUGUCACUGUGAGGGAAAAGACAACCGUAUUCCACUCUUGAAAGAGGUGUUUGAGGCGUUUCCACAAACUCCUGUCAACAUUGACAUCAAAGUGAACAACAAUGUGUUGAUCAAAAAGGUUUCAGAACUGGUCAGUCAGUAUAAACGAGAGCAUUUGACGGUAUGGGGGAACGUCAGUUAUGAGGUUGUAUCAAAGUGUCUUAAGGAGAAUGCUGACAUUCCCAUCAUCUUCUGUUUGCAACGUGUCCUCCUGCUUCUUGGCCUGUUCUACACUGGUCUGCUGCCAUUCAUUCCUUUCAAGGAAGAGUUCUUGGAAAUUCCCAUGCCUUCAAUCAUUCUCAAGCUGAAAGAACCACAGAAGAUUACAAGAAGCCAGAAAUUUAUUAUCUGGCUAGCUGAUGUGUUGCUAAUGCGGAAAGCACUUUUUGACCACCUCACUGCUCGGGGCAUUCAGGUGUAUAUUUGGGUACUGAAUGAAGAACAAGAAUACAAGAGGGCAUUUGAUCUGGGAGCAACCGGAGUGAUGACAGACUAUCCAACAAAACUUAAGGAGUUUUUACACAAUUACCCAGCAUAAAGGAAGAAAACCAAGGAAGUUCUUGGAGAAUAGAUUGUGAGCCAAGGAUUUUCUUCAUAAAAAAAAUAACAAUUUGAGCAGCAUAUACAGAUCAUUUUGUUUGAAAGAUGUAAUUGGAUUAUCUAUUACCUUGUUGUCAAGUUGUUACCUAAUGUAAAGGUUGUCUAUUUAUUUUAAAACUUUAAUUAUAUAGUUUACAUUUGUAAAUAGCUCACUUAGCAGCGACGCACUUCACAAAUAGCCAUGACUAGGAAGGAAGUUGCUGGAUAGGAUACCUGUAGAUAAUAAGCAUUAUUUUACCUGUCACAAGUGUUCCUAGGCACAUGUCAAGACAUGUCAGUUAUUCCAGUUACAUUCUAGUCGGCAGAAACUAAGGAAUUUCUGGAAGCGUACCCUGUGUAUGUGCAUUUUUUGUGUUGCUUUUAGUUUUCAGAUAACUUGUAGGGCAAAAAAGGAAAACAAUGCACAGGAGAAAUAAAAAGCAGAGUCUGUGGCUAGCCAGACAGUUUAGCCUGUGAAGUGUAGUCAGUAAAGGCGGUCACUUUUUUACCAGAAUUAACUCACUUGGUCACUACAGAUUUACUCCAUUAUUCUUACUGAUGAGAAUGUUGAGCUUGAGUUGCAGCUGUAUUUAGACCCCUUUCUGAUGUGAUGGUAAUACUGUGACUUAUUCAUCAAGGUCUAGAUACAGCAUUUAAGCCAGGUUCUGGGUUUGGCACUGAGUUCCACUGCAAGGGUCUAGGUUUGCCCCUGGUUGUGCCCUGCCCUGUCAUGGUAGUCUGCCAGGCAGUAGCUAACUCUCCAGAAAGGAAGAUUACACUUAUUUUUAGAUCACACUUACUUUAAAAUAGCCUUUUCACAAAGGAAGCCAAUGUUUUAGAAGUCUUUUGCACAUUUCUAGUUCUAACAUCUGUUGGCUUGAUGAGUGGGAAGUUGUUUUUAGGGUGAGGGACCAAAGAAGACUAAGUUUGGUCAGGAGUUUCAGGAACAAAUUAAAAGGUUCCUAUUAAAUGAAUUCACCCAAAGUAGAUUUAUAUACAUACUUCUAAAAGGAGCAAGUGUCAAGCAAGGAUGUGUGUAAAUUUUAGUCUUCUCUCCACAAAAGUACAUUCAAUAGUCAUUAAGUUUAUGUGCGUGGAUGUAGCUUUACUGGUAAAAGCCAGGAAACCCCAAGUGUGAUGGAAUGGGGUUAGAUAGGAAGGUAUUUCUGGAAGCUUAUGCGCUGUGCUGUCAUUGUGAACAGGUCUUACACGUGUGUCAAACAGAUUUGAGCCUGCAACGCCUGCGUGCUUUGGUGUCAUCAUCUUCGUGGUAGGGGUUUUCAGAAGGAAUUUGAUUACUGUAGCUUAAUUAUACACAAUGACAUGUAUAAAGCUCAGUCAUCUAAUCAUCAGAUACUGCUGGAACAAACCUAUUGCUUAGUGAUAGGACCUACUUCUUUAAGGAACUUCAUGUGAAAAUCACAGAUCUUAGUAAGAAAUAUAGUAGCUAGAUGCAGGAGUAUAUUUCCUGCAAGGUAUACAUUAUUACAAAAAAUUUUAAAGUAAUUUUUGUUCCCUUGCUAGCUCAGAUGUGGAAGGGCUCUUGUGUCACUCCCCUGGCUGCUGUGCCAUGCUUGUAAUCAUGGAGCUUCUUUGCUGUUUCAUUAUGUCUGGCAGCAGGCUAUCAGUGUUAAGAAUGUCAAGUUCAUCUGGAUGGAUAAUACUCAUUUGUGUAUUAUAAUGCCUUCCCGAGGAAUAUUUCCACAUGGAUGAAGUGGAAGAGACUACUGUAUUUACACUUUAAGUGAACAUGUAGUGAUAGUGGCAAAUGAGUUAAUGGUGUCCUUCUAAAUAUCUACGUGGUUAAGAUGACUGGAGAUUCAAUUUCCUCUUAAUUGAAUCAGGCUUCUUGAAUAGAAAAGAGGAAAAGGUAACUUCCUAACUGUUUAUAAGAAAAAGGAUGAUAUUAUUUAUUAUGUGCUAAGCUGCUGCUUUCCUUUUCAGACCACUUAUGUCUGGUCAGAUAACUGCUGCUAAUCAGUCUAGUCAUUGUUCUGCCUGCUUUCUAGUAGUCGCAGAAUAGGCUCCGUAUGCUGCUCAGUAGGUAAAUGAAAAACUUUUUUCUGUCUUUAUUUGGUUUACUAGGCAGUGUGUAGCUCCAGAUAAUUUUUAUGCAAUGUGGUUUUCUUCAACUCAAUUUUACUGCUGUUGAAUUUCCAACAGGCACACCUGUAUUAACAUAAAAAUAUAAUUCUGGUUUUAGACAAUACUACCAAAUAGCAUUUACAUAUUAAAACUUUUAAUUUUUUAGACUAGGAAAAGCUAAGUUUUAAAAUACCAGUCUUGAUUUCUGGACUUGAUCUCUUAAGGGACAGGUGAUGACUUAAGUUCCUCUCUCAAGUUUCCCUCAUCACUGCAUAAAUAAACUACUUUGGUUUAUUCUAUGCUGAAUGACAAAACACAGUUAUUGAAAUUAUGAACUUAAUUUUUUAAUUUCAUUUUUAUCUUUGUCCUCUUCCUCUCUAGCAGCUGUGUUGGAAACUUCUGCCUUCAAAGAUGCUCAACACACUUUUUUCAACCACUAGGCUUCCCACAUCUGAUGUGGAUUUUGACUGCGCUGUUUAUACAUGACCUCUCUGUGAUAAGUUUGCUACUGAAUAUCUGAAAUCUGAAUAAGGAGGGAGGGGUUCAGUGCCAGAAAAGCUGCUGAAUUUACUCAGUCACCCACUUGGAGUUUAGUACAAGAGCUGAAGUUUGAUCUCUUGAAACAGAUAAUGUUUCAUGGAUGAGACCAUGAAUCCGACCACCAAUGCACAGGGCUUAGGCCAUGAUGACUGUUUGUAACAAAAUAAUAUGGAAUUGAGGUAACUGUAGAAUGUUUGUUCUAUCAAAUCAUUGUUUUAAUAUUCCAGAACUUGCUGUGUGAUUUUUAAACCACUUGUACAGAAAAGCAUUUGUUGAGAACUUGCACAGCUGUCCAGGAGGAUGUUCAGUUAAUCUCUCUCCCCAAGGAGAGAUUCUUUUCAGGUACUUGUAACUCUUAAAUAUUGUUUAACACUUACUGUGUUCUCAAUCCUAUUGCAAAAUAUUUUAUGUAUGAAGGAUGAUGCAUGUAUUCCAUGCACUUUUAAUUUGCAGAAAGUUUUGUGGACCUGUCUAGCUCCAAAUCUAUGAAGUGAUUUUUCUUUUCUUGUAAAGAUUGAUGCUUUUGAAAUGUGACACAUUAAAACAUCUUUGCUCAUAAAAUAUCUAAAACUAAA